UAAUUUUCGUGUCUCCUCUCACUGGCACUGUCAUUGAACCUCUCGUCACCUCAACGGCUCUUCUUCUUUUUCUUCUUCUUUAACUCUGCAUUGAACCUUUGACAGCAGCAACAUGGUUCUCACAACUGAGGGCGCAACGAAUUCCGUUAAGGCGGUGGCCUUCAGUUUCUUAACGGAAGAAGAGUUACGGAGGAGUAGUCACGUGAAAGUCACCAAUCCCAUUUUGCUCGAUGCUUUGGAGCGUCCUGUGCCAGCUGGAUUAUACGACCCUGCGUUUGGUCCCCUCGAUGACAAGUCUCUUUGUAAAUCCUGUGGUCAAACUUCUAAACAUUGCCCUGGUCAUUUCGGUCAUAUUGAGCUUGUUUCCCCUGUCUACAACCCUUUGAUGUUCAAUAUUCUUAGCAGUAUUCUACAAAGAACUUGUUUCUCUUGCCAUCAUUUUCAGGCUAAAAGAGAGGAGGUGGAAAUGCGUACAUCCCAAUUAGAGCUCAUCAUGAAAGGGGAUAUUAUUAGGGCCAAAAGUUUGGAUUCUAUCAAUCAAGAUGAAUCCAUUGGUUUGGGUGAUGGUGACGAGAGCCAGUGUUGUGGUGCUGAGCAACUGGGAGAAAAUUGGACCUCCCUUCAAUUUAGUGAGGCAAUGUCUGUUCUAAGGAAAUUUCUGUUGCGGAAAUAUAAGAAGUGUCAAAAUUGCGGAGUUAUCAAUCCUAGAAUUACUAAACCAACCUUUGGAUGGUUUCAUGUGAAUGUUCUCUCAGCUGAUCAAGCUAGAGCAAAUAUCGUUAGAUCUGUGGCAAGUGAAACAACGAAUGAUGAUACAUCUUUAGGUAAUGGGGAUACAACAGAUGAAGAAGAUAUUACCUCUGCUAGGACAUCAAAAAGGGAUAAUAAGAAAAAUGGUAUAUUGUCUUACAAGCUUGCUGAGCAAAAUAAACUUUCUGGUUCUCUUUUACCAUCACAGGUUAAAGAUAUUUUAGAGCUUUUGUGGGAAAACGAGGCUCGGUUCUGUUCUUAUAUUAGUGAUAUUCAAGAUCAGGGUUUUGGGAAGAAAGCUGGUCACUCAAUGUUCUUUCUACAGAAUAUAUUUGUGCCACCAAUCAAAUUCCGUCCCCCAACUAAAGGAGGUGAUAAUGUGAUGGAGCAUCCUCAAACUGUUUUGUUGUCUAAGGUUUUACAGUGCAAUAUAUCCUUAGGAGAUGCCCAUCUAAACAAGGCAGAUUCUUCAAAGGUUCUAAGUCGGUGGAUGGAUCUUCAGCAAUCAGUAAAUGUGCUAUUUGACAAUAAAACUGCUUCUGGCCAGAGAGAUGUGGCUACUGGAAUUUGUCAGUUGCUGGAAAAGAAGGAAGGUAUCUUUCGGCAGAAAAUGAUGGGAAAGAGGGUUAAUUUUGCAUGCCGCUCUGUCAUAUCACCAGAUCCUUAUUUAGCUGUCAAUGAAAUUGGGAUUCCCCCGUAUUUUGCUUUAAGAUUAACGUAUCCUGAGAGAGUGACUCCCUGGAAUGUAGCCAAGCUAAGGACUGCUAUUCUUAAUGGUCCUGAAUCCCAUCCAGGUGCAACACAUUAUGCUGAUAAAGUAUCAAUAGUCAAGCUUCCUCCGAAAGGGAAAAUGCUUUCUUUGACAUCAAGGAAAUUACCAUCCUCAAGAGGGGUUAUUAUGCAUCAUGGAAAGAUAUAUGACCAAGAAUUUGAAGGAAAAGUUGUGUAUCGCCAUUUGAAAGAUGGUGAUGUUGUGCUUGUCAAUCGACAGCCCACACUCCAUAAGCCUAGUAUAAUGGCUCACAUAGUUCGUGUUCUGAAAGGGGAGAAAACUGUACGCAUGCACUAUGCAAACUGUAGUACCUAUAAUGCUGAUUUUGAUGGUGAUGAGAUUAAUGUUCACUUUCCACAAGAUGAAAUUUCCCGGGCUGAAGCUUACAAUAUUGUAAAUGCCAACAAUCAAUAUGUAAAACCUACAAGUGGUGAUCCAAUCAGAGCCUUGAUUCAGGAUCAUAUUGUAAGUGCUGCUCUUCUUACAAAAAAGGAUACUUUUCUAAGUUAUGAAGAGUUCAAUCAACUACUCUACAGUUCUGGUGUAUCCAUGGCUGGGCUAGGCUCAUUCUAUGGCAAACCUGGGCAGAAAGUUUUCAUGACAAAUUCUGAGAGUGAAAUGUUUCUGUUUCCUCCUGCAAUAUGGAAGCCUGAACCCCUUUGGACAGGAAAACAGGUUAUCAGUGCAUUGCUAUACUACAUCACCAGAGGUUCACCACCAUUUACUGUUGAGAAGAAUGCAAAAAUCCCAUCUAACUUUUUCAAGACUCGAAUCAGGAAGGGUAAAAAAUGCACUCGGGAUACAUCAAAAAAGAAUGAGCCUGAUGAGGAUAAAUUAUUGAUAUAUAGAAAUGACUUGGUGCGUGGUGUGGUUGAUAAGGCUCAAUUUGGUGACUAUGGUAUAGUACACACGGUGCAAGAACUUUAUGGGUCAAAUGUUGCUGGCAACCUGCUUUCUGCAUUAAGUCGGUUAUUCACUACCUUUUUACAGAUGCAUGGGUUCACAUGUGGAGUAGAUGAUCUUCUAUUAAUGGAAGGAAACGAUGUUGAAAGAAUGAAUCAACUCAAAAGUUGUGAGGAAAUUGGGGACAUUGUUCAUCGUGAAUUCAUUGGAGUGAUGGAUAGUGAUAAUAUAGAUCCAAUCACAAUGCAAUUGAAUAUUGAGAAAAAGAUACGCAGUAAUGGAGAAGGAGCCUUAACAUACUUGGAUAGGAAGAUGAUAAGCAAUCUUAACUCCAGAACAAGCUCAGGGAUAUUGAAAGAGCUACUAUCUGAAGGAAUAUUGAAACCCUCCGGAAAAAAUUGGAUUUCUCUUAUGACUACAUCUGGAGCUAAGGGUAGUAUGGUGAAUUUCCAGCAAAUAUCAUCUCAUCUUGGCCAGCAAGAGUUGGAAGGGAAGCGAGUCCCACGUAUGGUUUCUGGAAAGACCUUACCAUGCUUUCCUCCCUGGGAUUGUUCCCCUAGAGCAGGAGGAUUCAUUAUUGAUCGGUUUCUUACAGCUCUUCAUCCGCAGGAAUAUUACUUUCAUUGCAUGGCUGGUCGUGAAGGGUUAGUUGAUACUGCUGUCAAAACAUCUCGGAGUGGUUAUCUGCAAAGAUGCCUAAUGAAAAACCUUGAGUGUCUUAAAGUUUGUUAUGAUCAUACUGUCCGUGAUUCUGAUGGUUCAGUUAUUCAGUUUCACUAUGGAGAAGAUGGUGUAGAUGUCCAUCAAACUAGCUUUAUCACCAAAUUUGAAGCACUGUCAACUAAUAAAGAAUUGGUUUACAGCAACUGUUGCCGUCAGCUAGACAGAUCCAGUCCAUAUAUUAACAAACUGCCUGAUGCUCUUAAAGGAAAAGCAGAAAAUUUCUUUCGUGAUUUCUCCUUAAAACAGAAAAAUCAUGGUUCAAUGAAACGAAAAGAAUUCUUGAAGUUGAUGGAGCACAAGUAUCUCUCGAGUCUUGCUCAACCAGGUGAGCCAGUUGGUGUAUUAGCUUCUCAAUCUGUUGGAGAACCGGCAACACAGAUGACUUUGAAUACUUUCCACCUUGCUGGUCGAGGUGAAAUGAAUGUGACACUUGGAAUUCCACGCUUGCAAGAAAUUGUGAUGGCUGCUGCACGUGAUAUCAAAACUCCAUUUAUGACAUGUCCCUUGAGACCCAAAAAAUCUAUGGAGGAUGCUGUUUGUCUUGCUGACAAGUUGAAGAAGAUUACUGUAGCUGACAUAAUUGAGAGUAUGAAAGUUUCUGUUGUACCAGUAACCAUUCGUGGCGGUCAGAUUUGCAGUAUAUAUAAACUUGUGAUGAAGCUAUAUAAACCUAAACACUAUCCGAAGUACACUGAUAUUACCCUCGAAGACUGGGAGGAAACUCUCAGAGUAGUCUUCGUGAGAGCGUUGGAGGACGCCAUUGAAAAUCACAUGACAUUGCUUUCUAAAAUUAGUGGCAUAAAGAAUUUCAAGACAGAUCCACAAUCUAAUUCAAACAGCUCAGAAGAUGUUCAUAAUAAUGAAUCAGAAUCUCAGAAAAAAAGUCAAAAUAAUGAUGAUGACGAUGAUGACGGUGGUGUUGAAGACACUGAAGGGCAUGACGAUCUUGGUUCAGAUGCGCAAAAAAGAAAACAGCAAGGUACUGAUGAGGUUGAUUACGAGGAUGGUCCUGAAGAGGAAACACAUGAUGGUGAGCUGUCAGAGGAUUUUGAAGAAGGUGAUGAGGAUGGCAGUGAUAUUGACGUCAAUGAGGAUGAUAAUAAUUCUAAAGGACAUGAAAAACCCUCCAAGGGCAAGUCUAUUGAUGGAAAAGAUAAUUUGAAAUCUCAAAAGAAAAAAUCUAAACUAACAACAAAAAAAUAUGACAGGGCAGUUUUUGUGAAAGCUAAAGGGAUGCAUUUUGAGAUCCACUUUAAACUUACUGGUGAACCUCACAUUUUGUUAGCUCAGAUUGCUCUGAGAACAGCCAAGAAGGUUUGCAUCCAGAGCUUUGGAAAGGUUGGGGAAUGUAAAGCUAUUACAUGUAAAGAAAGUGGAGUUGUCUACUACGGUGAGGAUUGUAGUAAAAGGGAUGAUAUUCCAUCCUCAGUGAAAGAAAAAAUACCAGCACUUCAGACAUCAGGGGUACAUUUUGAAACAUUUUGGGAGUUGCAAGAUGAUCUUGAUGUUAGGUAUAUUUAUUCAAACAACGUCCAUGCUAUGCUAAAUGCUUAUGGUGUGGAAGCAGCCAGAGAGACCAUCAUUAGGGAAGUACAGAAUGUUUUCAAGUCUUAUGGGAUAUCAGUAAAUAUCCGGCACUUGACCCUCAUUGCCGACUUUAUGACGCACUCUGGUGGCUAUCGUCCCAUGAACCGAACUGGGAGCAUAGCAGACUCUACAUCUCCUUUCAUUAAAAUGUGCUUUGAGACAGCCUCCAAAUUUAUUGUUGAAGCUGCUUAUCAUGGGCAGGUGGAUAAUUUGGAGACUCCUUCUUCUAGAAUAUGUCUUGGUUUGCCAGUGAAGAUGGGAACUGGGUGCCAUGACUUGAUACAGAAGUUGGACAUAUGAUGCAAUUGGCAUGUUCUCUAUAUAACUUUGGGCACCACAUACACAUGCCUGUAAUUCCUGGCAAAUUUUGAUACCAUAAUUGUACAACUAACGUUCUAAUUUUUUUGAAAGCCAUUUUCAUUUGGCUGGAAAGUAAUUGGUGGUAGUGUAGCAUAGUUUGAAGUGCCAUUCUUCGUCCAAUAUUUUUUAUAUAUAGGUAUGGUAUAAUGAGUAGCUUUUCUACUGUCUUGAUUUUCACGGUUGUUCUAAUGUACAACAUUUACACACAAUUUAAAUAUCUAUUUUGUUUUGUAAAUUUUAAAUGCAUUUGUUGAGGAUCCUUAUUUUAAAAUGUGUAUCGUUUUAUUAGAAUUGCGAACGGAUAGGGUUAAUUUCAUCUCUGGAAGUUAAUUGAAGGAGAUUGGAUUUGGAGUUAUUUUAAGUAGCAC